AUGAAAGCGAAUGAGAAGGUAGGACUAAAUUUCCUAAACCUAAAAGCUUAUCUACAAGCAGCACACCUUACAAACAUUAUAGGAAUGCAUUCCCAAACAUACAUCUCCCAAUGGGUAACCAUAGAGGAACACUACAGCAAACAACAAGACUUGGCAGUGAUGAUGUGGGUCCCUAAAGGCCCACUGAAAUUGCCCAACUCUACUCUUUCAACCACCAGGCUUCUACCCCAAUCUUGGAAUGAACACAGGUGCUUAGCCACCACCACACAACAAUGGUCCCUAGCAACACCUAUACGAUCGCUACAGGCAUACAAUGAUACUUUCAAUCACUGUAACUGGAAACAACAUGGCUUAACCCACAUACACCAACUAUAUACAGAAAAUGGGCUAAAAACGUUCCCAGAACUACAGGAG